AUGUUAGACGUACGAGAGAUGACCAUCGCUCACGCCCAGGAUGGAUUCAAGACCAAGAAGUUCACCGCACACGAGUUGACGUCGGCAUUUCUUGACCGUAUUGCGACUCUGGAUAAAAAUGGCCCCCGCAUCAACUCCACAAUGGCUUUAUCGACAACGGUGCUCGAUGAAGCUGCCGCUCUUGACGCUUACUUGGAAGAAAAGAGUCAACUUAAGGGAAAGCUGCACGGCAUUCCCGUCCUCGUCAAAGAUCAAGCCGACACAAAAGGGAUGAUAACUACGUAUGGUUCGACCGUGGCCAAAGAGAACGUUCCUGAUGAGGACGCUACUGUUGUAACGAAACUGAAGGAGGCUGGCGCCUUGAUCCUAGGCAAGACCACCAUGGCCGAGUGGGCAUCCGUCUGGGUAAGCGCGAACGGCGCGACUGACUACGAGUUUACCAAAAAUCCCUAUAAUCAUAUAUACGAUGUGGGAGCUUCCUCAGGAGGCUCCGCUGCUGCUUUGAGCGCUAACUUCUCCAUCCUGGCCGUUGGAGAAGAUACCGGCGGAUCUAUUCGAGUACCUUCGUCAUUCUGUAAUCUUGUCGGUCUCCGUCCGACACCAGGUCUUAUUUCUCGAACGGGUUUCUGUCCACUUCUCAAGCAUCAGGAUACCCCUGGUCCCAUGGCACGAACAGUUAUGGAUUGUGCCCUAAUGCUAGACUGCAUUGUUGGGUUUGAUCCAAAAGAUGAAUAUACAGGCUUUGCGGCUACCGCGACUGCCCUGGGGCUGCCUCGAGGCGGCAGUUAUGCGUCUUCCCUCCAGAAUGGACCAAAAAAGAUGAAAGUUGCUAGGAUCGGUGUGGUCAGGGAGCAGUUUGGCUCGGACUCCGACCCGUACUGCAAGGCAGUGAAUAAAGUGAUGCGAGAGGCCAUGGACAAAUUACAAGGCGCCGGAACAACCUUUGUGGACGUACACAUCGACAACCUCCAGCACUAUCUUCAUUACCCGCUCGUAUAUGUACAGAGGUCCCGUAGCGAUAUCAACAGCUUCCUGAUGACAAAACCGCAUCUUCCACAGGACAUUGCGGAUUUUGUGCCCGAGGUGGCAGACAGGGAUUACCUCACCACGCUAUGCCAGACCAUGCAUGGGCCCCGAGACCCUAAGGACGACCCUACCUUUGUUGACAGGAUACUACAGCGAGAUGAUUUUAAGCGCAAAAUCGACUGCGUUGUUGCGUCGCUUGACCUAGACGCGCUCAUGCUGCCGGAUGUUCGGGUCCCUCCUCCACUAAUCGCAGACGCGACGAAUGGAAGAUUUAUGGAUAAUGGAUCCUUCAGCUUCCCAGUCAAUACAUUCUUAGCCAGCGUGGCUCUCCUGCCAGCCAUCUCAGUUCCCGCGGGAUUCACAGAUGACGGGCUUCCGGUAGGUAUGGAACUCGUCGGCUUGGAGUAUCAAGAGCAGCAUUUACUUGAGUUGGCUCGUGGGGUGGAGAAUAUCCUUGGUGCAAGAAGAGCACCACCAGCGCCUCUAUAG